CCACAUGCUUUAUUCAAUUUCAGACCGGUCAUGUGACAGAACUACGCACCAAAUAUCACUAUUCUAUUCACCAUGGACCUGGUUCGGCAGUUUCAACAAAUCACUGGGUCAGCAGAAAAUGUGGCCAUAACCAGUCUAUCCAGACAUAACUACAAUCUAGAGAGUGCAUUAUCCGCCUUCACCGCCGAACACCACUCUGCUGGUUCUCAUCAAACCCCCUUCCGUAUGGAGAGAUCAUCCGCUGGCAAUAAUGUGGAAGGGUCUUCGUCUGGUAAUACAAUUGGUGCUGAAAUAUCACAUGCUGUAACUAGUGGCGGCGGAGGAAAUCUGCUGAGCAGUGUCUCACAAUCGGCGCCGCUGAGUAGCGUAGACCAUAUGUCGUCCACUCUGAGUGUGCGAGGCCGUGCAAUUCCUCCUCCGUCUUCAUCACCCACCUCCUUCUCGUCGCCCUUCUCUCACAUAACAGCCGUGUCUAAUGCAGUGGGUACAGAUCGCAACACAGCAGUACCAGUGUGGGAAAGGUCUACCAUUAGCAGCAGGACAGGUGGAAGCAGUGGCGGUCUGCUGAGCUCUCUCUUCGCGCCUCCAUUCGAUAUCAUGUUCACUAUGGAUUUCUUCUACGCGAAGGACUAUGCACGAGAACGAGACCUGUGGCUGCUUGUGGACAUCCAAGACAGCACGAACUUCGACUGCCAGUGUCUCAACAGAGAUGUAUGGUCCAGUCACGAGGUCAAACACAUAGUCAGCAGACAUUUCCUAUUCCUACAGUAUCGCAUGGACAGUCAAGAUGGUAGAAAAUUCAGCCAAUUCUACAGAGUCAAUCACUUCCCAUACGUCGCAAUCCUUGAUCCCAGAACAGGCGAGCUUCUGCAGAGUUUCAGUGCAAUCACUUCUAAAAAUGCUGGGCGACUCUUGACGACAUUUGUUCGGAAAAAUGGCGCUCCAAGUGUGUGUGACCAAAUGCGCGACAACAUCACUUCAGACCAAGUCGUUGACCUAGAAGACGAGGAAAUCGAACCAGCAAUUGUCAAAGUGUCGACUGGAAACUCGACUAAAACAUACCAUCAUUCGCUGAAUGAAGAAGAGGCCUUGAAAGCGGCAAUUGCAGCAUCCCUGGACCACCAGAGACGGAAUAAGGGAGGUAGAACCCUGGGGUUUGCAGGAAGUUCCACGUGGUCUGCAAAUAAUGCGCCAAAUACUGCAAACAUUGUCAAUCUGAGCGACGAAGAAGGUUCGGCAGAAGUAGACACGAAAGAUGAAAGUCUCCAUGCAGACGAGAGCCAUACACGUCUGUUGCAGUCGGAUGAUGACGACGAGGAGGACAGCUUGGACAGCAUGGAUGACUACAGCAGUCACUCUUCACAUGAUGACACCAAUGAGAUAUCACUCAACCAUGAAGAAGUCACAGAUAAUAAUCUCUCAUCACCAACAGCUCAAGUUAGUCGAAAACGUAGAAUAGAUCCACGAGACCACUUCUACGCAUCGAGUAGUCGUGGACCUCCUCACUUGUAUGGAAAUCUGAAGAGAUUAAAACUUGACAAUCUCUCCUCGGACAGGUCUCAAGAUGCUCUCUCUGCAUCUUCCUCGGGAUCCAGAGUCCUGGACCUGCAGGUGCAGAACAUCGGACCCCUCAUCCCACCGUCGAGGCAUGAAUCACUCCAGUUCCCUAGUGAAGUGUCUGUUGUAGAGCAGAGUAAAACCGACUUCGCUGCUACAGCGUCAUCCUCGAGUGGCGGAGGAGAGAGUAAAGGGAAUGGAGAUCGGGACGAAGUGAAGAGUGUGAAGGUGCUCCUGAAGUGUCCCAAUGGAGAGAGGAGGUCCAUCAACCUCGCACAUUCGUGCACUCUGCAUUCUUUCUUCGCCGGCUGUGGUUCUCUGGGCUUCUCGGAUGUGUUGUACGAGUUCACUACCCACUUUCCACGCACACUCCUCAACACACUGGACCGCAAAAUCACCCUCUCCCAGGCGGGCAUAGCGGCCAACUGUGUGGUCUUUGUCGAGUCCAAAAUAUGAAACGAAGGUGCAAUUGGAAGAUCCGAAACGAAUAUAGUGAUCAUUUGACGCCGAGACGAAAAUAUGAAUUUUCGUUAAAAAAUUUCAGAAAAAAACUUUUUUGUCCAAAAAAUGUCACCCGCUCCUUUUCUGAUUACCAAAUGUAAAUGAAAAUUUUACUAAAACUACAGCUGUAGUGAAAUUUUGCCCAAAAAAACGUCGAGAUAAAUUCGUCGAAUGAAUUUUGAAUGAGAUUUCUCCGCAAGUGGACAGUCGUCUGAAUCUUUUACAUUUCAAGGUCAAGUACACCUAAAAAGAUAAGUGUUUGAAAUUGAACCAACAGUUUCUCAGUUGGUUUUAUUGGAUGGUGCUCCACUCCUAAUGCAGUUAUGGGUCUAGUAUCGUCAAAGUUUAAACUUAUGUAGUUGUUAGUUCAAUGUAAAGCAAAAAGGUGUCCAUGAAUUGUGCUAAAUUAAUCCCAUGGAUGUGCUUUUGUGUUUUUUGUGUCUAGUGCGAAUGAAAAUAAUGAUGCUAAAUUUUCAAAUUUUAUCGUGUUAUUUGGAAUUAAAAUUUAUUUGUUUCACAGUUCAAUAUUUAAUUUCAUGAUAUCGGUACCACUAAUGUGAUACAUGAGCCUACCCACACAAAAAGUUGGGUUCCUAUUGAAGCAAACAGGAAAACUAACCAACUUUUGAUAGAUGGUGAUAUAUAUUUAAGGCGAGUUUUCAACACAAAUGGCAUAUUUCAUCAUUGCCAAGUUAGUAUUAUUUAAACAGCCUGGAGCUGUUUUAUCUCCUUAAUCAAAAAGCUUUCACAGCUACCUGCAUAGCAGCUAGGCAACGAUGGCUAAGCGGUUAAGUUGUUUAAUUGUAACAUUGUUCUUUUUCAAUGAUUUUUUUCACUCAAUAUGUAUUUUUUUGAAAUUUUGUGCAUUUUUUGCUCAGGUUUGCCAAGUGCAGUUUCCCUUCCGUAUUAAAAUACAGAUUAAUUAA